AUGAAGACCAUCAUUAUUCUUUCCUUAGUCGCAGUGGCAUUAGCUGCGCCCCCGUCUUCACAGGAGCCAAUCCAGAUUUUGAGUCAAGAAAGCGAUAUCAACCCAGAUGGCUCUUUUAAGUACACAUAUGAAACCAGUAACGGUAUUUCCUCAUCCGCAAACGGAGAACUCAGAAAUAUUGGCGCCGAAGAGCCCGCCCUUCAAAUUCAAGGACAGUUCAAGUACCCAAGUGAAGAUGGACAGGAAAUUUCCCUGACCUACAUCGCUAAUGAGAAUGGUUACGUUCCUCAAGGAAGCAUACUUCCAACCCCUCACCCAAUCCCCGCCGAUAUCCAGCGCGCUCUUGACUACCUUGCCACAGCCCCUCCUCAGACUGGGAACUAG